AUGCACUCAAGAAAGAAAAGGACACAGCCACCCACUCCAGAAGAGAUCGCCAAGGAAAAGGCAAGGCUCCAGAAAAUGCAGGAGCUCCACACAGCUGUGUUUGCCUCAAUGGAAGCCCAGGAUUUGUCAACUGACGCUUUUGAUUUAACAACAAGAGCUAUUCGGACCUCAUCAGAUAUUUAUACAUUUUUCAAUUAUCGUCGCCAAAUUUUGCUGAAACUUUUUGAGGAAACCCCUGAAGACCAGCUUCCAGCUUUAUUGAAAAAAGAAUUAGACUUAUUGGGCGGCAUCAUAAAAGAAUCUCCAAAAUCUUAUACUUUAUGGUUUCACCGACAAUGGAUUUUACAAAGGUGCAAAAAUCUUACUGAUAUUAUGGAGAGGGAACUGAAACUGUGUGAGUAUAUGCUAAAUAAGGAUAAUAGGAAUUUCCAUUGUUGGGAUUAUAGGACUUGGUUUGUGAAAUUUGCGGGGACUGAAAGUUUGCAGGAUGAGCUUUUGUUUACUGAUUCUAUGAUUUUAAGAGAUUUUUCAAAUUUUAGUGCCUGGCAUUAUAGAACAAAGGUAGUUAAACAGAUUUAUACAGGAGAAAUUCCAGAUGAGUUUGUUAGAAGUGAGCUGGGGAGACUGAAAAAUGCUUAUUUUACAUGCCCAAUGGAUCAGAGCAUAUGGAAUUAUCAUAGGUGGCUGCUAAAUCAAAAAGAGCCUAUUAUGAUAACUGGGAUAUCUCCUAGAGAGUUCGAAGAAACACCCAAAUGUUUUAUUAUUGGAUUUUCCCAUAAUAUCAAAGGAAUUAAUGAAAAUUCUAUUGGAGUUUCACAAGGCUGGGAGCCGCUACAGGGCACAUGGGAGCCUUUAUAUACACAGCCAUUUUCUUAUAUAUGAAAAUUCACCCCAUCUCAGUCUGCACCUGGAGAUAUAGAAUUCCGCUUAAGCCCUAUCAAUACAGAAUUAACUGAUAUUAAUGGUCAUAAAAAAUUGACAUCUCUUCAAUACAAGUUCAAGAAAACAGAAAAUAAAUCAGAAUUUUCAGUAGAAGGACAAGAAGAUGCCACAUUUUUUGAAAGUGAGCUUGAGUCGAUAGAUGAAUUGUUAAGAAUUGAAGAAGACGAUAGAUCUCAAGCUGUGCUUAGAAAAGCUCAAUUACUAGAAACCUUAUCUUUUAUGAAUUCAGAAAAAGGCAAUAUUGAUCAAAUUAUUGCUAGUUAUCAAGAAUUAAUUAGAAUUGACUAUAGAAGAGCUCCAUUUUACAGAGAGUCUUUGAGUGUGUAUCUUAUACACCAAUAAAUAUGCUUUUUUGCCUUGAGUGGCGCGGUACGGCGCCACUUCGGCAAGCUCCUUCUUCCAGUUGGCCGAGCCAACUCAGGUUGGUUCGGCCAACUAGAAUUGACAAGUCUCCCCAAAAGGCCUCACUUGUCAAUUCUCCAGUUGGCCGAACCAACCUGAGUUGGCUCGGCCAACUGGAAGAAGGAGCUUGCCGAAGUGGCGCCCAUACCGCGCCACUCAAGGCAAAAAGCUAUAGCUUAUAUCACAUUUAAAUAAAUUAUGUGUGAAGAGUGUUUAAAUAAAGUAUAUAACGCUAUAAAAAAUAAAUCAGCCGAAAGCAGUCCUAUAGUCAGCAGAAAAAUGCUCGCCAAAAUCCUAGGGUUUAUAGAUCUUAAUCAAUAA